CCGAAAAAUAUUCAACUUUCUGUGCCUUCCUGCGUUCUCCAGCUUCCACCGCCACCACUGGUGAGCAGUUUACCUGUCCAUCGCGUUCCACCAUCCACUUCAGAAAUUCUUCGAUGUUGCAGUCUCUGGUUCCUGUUCCUCCAACCAGAAUCCAUCACAUCGCCAUAGCAGAGCAGCAAUGAGCUCAAGCGAAGUCCAAUCAGCAAUUGCAUUUUCCUUCUGCAGAUUUUCUUCUCAGUAGAGUCUUGAAGAGAGCAUCAAGCAUUUUUUCACAAGGACUGUUCCACGUACAGCUCUCCGAUGACCUCAGAAGCUGCUCCUCGUCACUCCACGAGCAACCCUGGAGAUGAAGCCAAGGAGAACGAAUUCGAGAGCUCGUUCGUUUCUGCUCAAUUUCCGCCUCCAAGGACUCCGCUCCACACAAUCGCAGAUCCAGCUCAGUACCACCACGAACCGGCACGAAUUGGAUCGCCUCGAUCCGUUAGGUUUCUCGAUAAGAACUUCGAUAGGUCGGUCUCGGCGAAUGCCACUCCCAGAGGCUUCAAUCGUCCUGCUAAAGCGCACUCCGAGCCGAGCUCUGCACACAGCACUCCCGCGAGGACCGGACCUCGAGUUUCUAUAGGAUCGUACACAGUAGCAGCACCUAGAAACGGUCAGGUUGCAAGGGGGAAGGAGCUUGCCUCUUGCAGUUCUUCUAGGGUUUCGAGAGGCAUUUCCGUGCCCAAUUGUGAUGUCUCUGAAGAUAUUCCGCACUUUGAGCUCCGUGGAGAUCCCUCCUUUUGGGCAGAGCACAAUGUGCAGGUUUUGAUUCGAAUUCGACCAUUGAAUUCGGCAGAGAAGGGUUCGCAAGGAUACAACCGGUGUCUCAGGCAAGAGAGCGCCAACUCACUUGUGUGGCUCGGAAAUCCUGAAACCAGAUUCACAUUUGAUCACAUAGCGUGCGAGACCAUAUCUCAGGAGGAACUAUUCAGGGUUGCUGGAUUACCCAUGGUGGACAACUGCAUGUCUGGAUACAAUAGUUGCAUAUUUGCUUAUGGCCAGACAGGCAGUGGAAAGACUCAUACCAUGAUGGGUGAGAUAAAUCAUGGAGAGGGCCAGCUUGGUGAACAUUGUGGGAUGACCAGUCGUAUCUUUGAGUAUUUAUUUUCACGGAUUAGAAUGGAAGAAGAGAGUAAGAGAGACGAAAAACUGAAGUUCCAUUGUAAAUGCUCAUUUCUGGAGAUAUACAACGAGCAGAUAACUGAUCUGCUUGAACCUUCUUCAACCAAUCUGCAACUAAGAGAAGACUUGAGUAAAGGUGUAUAUGUCGAGAAUUUGUCUGAGCACAAUGUUCGGACUGUUAAUGAUGUAGUCAAUCUUCUGUUACAGGGUAUUGCAAACCGGAAGAUUGCAGCAACCCACAUGAACAGUGAAAGCAGUCGUUCUCAUAGUGUGUUCACCUGCAUAAUUGAAAGCUCUAGGGAGAAGGACUCCUUGACCCACUUCAGGUUUGCAAGGUUGAAUCUAGUAGACUUGGCUGGUUCUGAAAGGCAGAAGAGCUCGGGUGCAGACGGAGAUCGUCUGAGAGAAGCAGCAAAUAUAAACAAAUCUCUUUCAACUCUAGGCUUGGUGAUCAUGUCUCUGGUUGAUUUAGCACACGGCAAGAAUAGGCAUGUCCCAUACAGAGAUUCUCGGCUAACAUUUUUACUUCAGGACUCUUUAGGUGGAAACUCAAAAACGAUGAUUGUUGCAAAUGUCAGCCCUUCUAUAUGUUCAGCACAUGAAACAAUCAGCACUCUCAAGUUUGCUCAGCGUGCUAAACUCAUCCAAAACAAUGCUAAGGUGAAUGAAGAUGCUAAAGGUGAUGUUGGUGCUCUCCAGCGCCAAAUCCAACAGCUAAAAGAACAACUAUUAAUUUUAAUGAAAGAGCAGAGACCUCCAAGGCCUAUUGCAAACUAUGAAGAGUCCCAGUUGUCUGACUGCUGCCGAAUGGAUGAUUCUCUUGAUGAAAAAGAAUUGAUAAAUGACAGCAAUAUGCUGAAUUCUGAAAGCAAGAAGCUACGGUGCAUGAAAACUAUCAUGGUUGGCGCACUUAGGAGAGAAAGGACAGCAGAAACUGCUCUCAAACAAUUACAAGCUAUGAUCGAGCAAGCGAACCAGUUAGCUCAUGAGAAGGAAGAGGAUGUGCAAUGUACUAGAAUGAUGGUAAAAAUGCGAGAUGAGAAAAUUAGGCGUCUUGAGUUGCUGGUGGAUGAUUCAGUGCCUGCGGAGCAUUAUCUUAAGGAGGAAAAUAAAGUAUUAAUGGAAGAGAUUCAGGUACUUCAUGCAAGAAUUGACAAAAAUCCUGAAGUGACCCGCCUUACUUUGGAAAAUGCGAGACUUCAGGAGCAACUUCAAUUGUCUCAGAAGUUCUACGAGGAAGGAGAACGAGAGGCAUUAUUGACAGAGAUAUCAUUAUUACGUGAUCAGAUUGUGGAAUUGUUUGAAACAAAACCUAGAUUGUUGUCCAGCAAAGAGAAGCAGAGUAUGAAGGAGAAUGGCAAUCUACAAGAGCUGGAAUAUUGCAAGAACAUGAAUUUGAGAUUGAUGAGAGAAGUAGACGAGUUACAAGCAGAAAUGAACGAACUCCUGUGUUAUAGCCAAGCUGCUUCUGACACCACUAGUUCCCUGUUAAAAGAGCCAGAGGAACUCAGGCAUGCAGAUAAGUAUUCACUGGUUGAAACCAUAUCUUUUGGAAGUGAGUCUGGAGAUGAGGCUGCAUCUGUAAGUCCAGAAAAUCUAGACCACCAAAAGAAAAACUAUGGAAACAACAGUAAAAGCUCGGUUAUCCAGCAUAUGGAAUCUAGUAAUAGUGAGAUAGAGAAGAAAGGUCCAUCUAUUGAGGGAGGUGAAGAUAAAAAAUACACGGCUCUGCAAGCCAAUUUAGAAAAACUAAGAGAAGACCUUAAAGAAGCUGUGUCACUUAACUUCCGAUAUCAGGUGGAUCAGGCUUCACAUUUAUCCCAACAGCGACAUGUGGAACUUGUAAGUGAGCAAGUUGAGGUUGAGACUGCUGCAACAAUCCUUAACCUACAAUCAGAAGUCAAUGCCCUUCAGUCUCAACUUUCAGAGAGAUUGAGUCUCCUGGCCCAGGAAAAUUUCAGACUGGGAAAUGCUCUAGCUGCUAAAGAGGAUGAAAUAAGGGCGGUUAAUGAGGAAUGGGAGCACUCAACUCUUGAACUUACAAAUUUCCUUGCCAAAGGCUCUAAAUCCCUCCGAGAUGCCUCUGGUCAGGUUGAAAUGAUAGCUCGUUCAUUUCCGCAAGUGAAUCAUUGGAUCUGUGACCAUGUUGAGAGGGCUGCAAGGGUCUGCAUUGAAAAGGAAGAAACUAUUUUACAAUUAGAGAGGAGCUUGGGAGAUACACGGAAGAUGGUAUCUGAAUUGGAGCUGAAACUGAAUUCCUUAAAGGAAGCAACACUGGCUUUCGAAUGCUUUCCGAAUAUGUUGUGGGGAAGGAGUGAAGAUGCGAGUGAUUUAAGGUCAGCAUUGAAUGGAAGAUUUCAUAAAGUAGAAAUGCAGGAGGACAGGCUCACAUGCGAGGAGGAUGAUAUUUAUGAUGGAAAGGAAAUUGGUCCUUGGAAGAGUUCAAGUGCAGGUUUUGAUGGAAUUGCUGCACUUGAGGAAAAUACCAAACUAAAUAAGAAGUAUAUGGAUUUGCAGGCUUCUUCUGUCAGACGUCAAGCAUUUGAGCCAUCCAAGUUGGGGAAGCAGUUGCAUAUUCUGAAUCCAAUAAGAGACGAACUCAGAAUGCUAAAUGACAGGUUACAGAUGGUUUCAGAUUUCAUUAAUAGCAAAGUAUUUCCAUAUGAUGGACUUUCAGAAAAUGCAUGUCCAGUUGAGUUAGAUGGCUGGAGUCCCAACGUUUAUAUGUCCGCUAGUUCUCGGGUAUCAGAUUGCUCAUCCGGAAGCAUUUCUUCAAGGAACCAGUUUGAGGGAUGGUCGUCUGUGAAGUCUGAAUUUUCAGAGAACAUAAAUAACCAGAUGGCGGAACUAAAGUCUUGGAAAGGAAUUGUGGUUGGAACUGAUCCAGAAAAUUCAAUUGCAUGCUGUUUAAGAAAUGUUUUGGAUGGGGCAUUCGACACUUUAGGCAAAAUAUAUGCUCAGUUGGCUACAUUUCUGGACGAGAAUGAAACUACAAACAAGUCACUAGCAGAAGAGAACAACAAAGCAGUUCCUUGUUUUAUGCUGACAAUGGAACCUGAUGAUGGAUGCUGCCAAAAUAUCAGAAAGGUUGGGAAUGACAACAAAGCGGAUCACUUUAGCUCCUUCGUAACAAAAUGUGAAGAAGCCCGUGCAACUAUGAAGGAUGCUGAUGAUAUGUUGAAUAUCUUAUUGAAGGCCAAUGAAGAUGAGAAACAAAUGAAUGAUGCACUGAAGCAAGCUAGUGGAGACUUGAUACUAGACAGAUCACAGGUAAUGGAAGAAAAUGAGCAGCUUAAGAUUUCAGUGGCUGUGAAAGAAAAAGAUAAUGAAUCACUGCUGGAUGAAGCGUCUCGAGGCUUGACUGAAGUAGAGAACUCCAUAGCUUCACUUGAAGGUUGUUUUCAGGAAUUGCGAACACAUCUUCAGGAAGAGUGUGAAGCCCUACACCGGCAUUCCUUAUCCAUGGGUCAAGAUAUACUUUUUUCCAUUAGACGCCUUAGAUCUUCAAUGAAAAGUACUUGCUCUGAGAUAACAGGAAAAGAGUUUUCAUUGUGCAACUUUGACCAGCGCAUACUACAGGAUGCUGUGGAUAGAAUUCAACUUUUAGAGCAAAACUUAGCCGGUACUUCACCAGGUUCUUGUGCAAGCAGUGAAGGUCACACACUAAUUACUGGUAAAAAUGGCACUGAGGAAGGAGAUAGUUGCACACCAGUCACAAAUUUGUCGCUCAGAAAGGAACUAGAGAGAAAAGAGAUUCUAUUGAGGGGAUUGCUUUUCGACUUCAGAUUACUGCAGGAAACUGCUGCCAAGCGAAAGGACAUAAAAGAUGAAACUGAAAAGAUAAUUUUGACUCUGAAUGAGGUCCAUCAGCAGCUAGAGAUGAAGACAAGUGAGGUGGAAAGCUUGCUGGCCCAGAACCAGAAGGUUGAAGGGCAUCUGGUGGAUGCUGAGGAAGCACUGGAGAUAGCAAAUUCUGACCUCGAUCAGGCCAAGGAAGCAAUUGACAGUCUAUCUGAACAAAAUGCUGAGUUGAGGAUGCUUGUCAAAGAUCUAUAUCUCAGCAAAUCUGAAAUUGAACAAAGACUGGAUGAGGAGAAAGAGGUUGUCAAAGGUUUGGAAGAGGAAAUAAUGAACCUGACUAAUUCAUGCGUGAGCAGAUCUAUUGAAGACCUAGAAGAAGACUUGAGCAAAGCGACAUUAGAAAGAGAUAAUCUUCGUGAAGAAAUUAGCUCAUUGAGAGAAAAGCUUGCUAUGGCAUACUCAUUAGCUGAUGAAAAUGAAGCUAUAGCUGUUGAAGCCCGACAGGACCUCGAAGAGUGCAAAAUUUAUUCUCAAGAAAAGGAAGAGGAAGUCAAGAUUUUAGAGCACUCUAUAGGGGAGCUUGAAUGUACCAUAAAUGUCCUGGAGAAAAAGGUGCAUGAAAUGGAUAAGGAGGUAGAAAGACAUCGAUUGAUCAGAGAAUCAUCAGAGUUAGAACUUCAAACUUUGAGACAGAGAUUAUCAGCAGUAGAAAACUUCGCUGAUAUUGUUGAUUCCGAGAAUAAGGGGUCUGCUCUAAAUGGAGAGGCUACAACUAGGCAACUGAAAUCUAGAUUAGUAGAAUUGCACGAGGCACAUAACCGUAUUUCUCUUCUUGAGAGGCAGAAUGCUGAAAUGACUAGAGAGAUUACGCAGCUGAAAGAGUACAUCUCUGAGGUUGUGUUACAUUCUGAAGCCCAAGCUUCACACUACCAAGAAAAGUACAAGAAUCUGGAAGCAAUGGUUCGAGAAUUCGAACCAAAUUUACCAAGCACCGAAUCAGGUUUAGCUUCUUCAUCAGACAAAGUUGAGAAAUGUGGGACAAGAGCAAGAGGGUCGAGCUCUCCUUUCAGAUGCAUUUCAGGUUUGGUUCAGCAGAUGAAUGUAGAGAAAGACCAGGAAUUGUGUGCAGCAAGGAUACGGAUAGAAGAGCUAGAGGCACUGUUGGCCAGUCAGCAAAAAGAGGUAUGCAUGUUGAAGACUAGACUGGCUGCUGCAGAAAGCAUGACGCAUGACGUAAUACGAGAUCUGCUGGGAGUAAAAUUGGAUAUGACCAAUUACGCAAAUAUGAUCGACCAGAACCAGGUUCAGAUAUUAGUAGAGGAAGCCCAUCAGCAGAAAGAAGAAUUCCUCUCCAUGGAGCAAGAAAUCCUGCAGUUACGACACCAGAUCAACAAUCUCAUGGAGGAAAGAGACAGUUGCAUGUCCGAGAUGAAUAAGAAGGCAGCUGAAUUGUUCGCUGCCCAGAUGACGGCAGAACAACUUGAGCAGAGGGAUCAGCUACUGUCUGCACAAUACGAAAUGCUAAAGACGGACAAGAGCAAUCUACUAAGGAGGGUUUCAGAACUGGACGACUUGGUGAAGACCCUUCUCAGCACUCAACCUUCUCAGCAAACGACAUCAAGAUCGACAACCAGGCUUGGUGCCGACAAGAGGUUGAUACCCAGCUCGGACGACAACCUCAUGUCUCGAUUGAACGAGCAGCGCGCUCAGUAUCGGAGGAUGAGUAUGGGUAAUACAACUAACAACCCGCACGUCAAAAGCUACGGCCGUGCCUUGGAGCUCAAGCAUAAGAACCAGCAGCAGUGAGUUUACAGAAGCCGGAAGGCAAAGCAAAGUUCCACGGCCGCCAGAGGUCGCCACGUGGCUCACCCUACUUAGAAGAAAGGGCGAUUUCCCGCCAGUGAAAGAGCAAACCCCUGUGUUGUUGUAUUUUUCUUUUAUUAUUAUUUGUUUCCGGUGAAGUAAAGAAAAGGGUAUAAAAGGAGAAAGGAACGGGUUGUUCCUUGCUUGUCAUGGAAGGAACAUAAAAGAAGAGGGUUGGUUCUUCAUCCUUGAUUGCAAUAUGCCUGAAGAAGAUGGCCAUCCAUGGGCUGGGCUCUCUUUGGGCUCCGCUGGGUUGGGCUGAGUGGGCUGGGAAUGGGAUACUGCAUUGUGUUGAUUGUAUAGAGUGGCUUGAUUGCUUUCCUUUUCGUGACUUGAUUGCUUGAUUGUUUCCUAGCAUUUGCUUUCAUCAGCGUCUUUGAGCUGUUUUUUUUCCCCAACUAGAUCGCAUUAUAUCAGAUAAGGUUACAAGGAGCAGAUUGCACUAUGAAAACAAAACCAAGAAUGGAAAUCCAAACAUCAAGUGACACAAUUCAUACAGUAAGGUAAACCAAUAACGAAAGGGAGACAGAUUGAUCGAACGCGAAAAGGAAAGCCAUUACAGGAGCAAAGGUUUCAACUUCCUCUACAAAAACAAAACCUUGGUGAUUGAACAUGCAACCCCAUAAGCUGCCAUUUGGGAUUGUUCAGAGAUCCAUCACAGUGAAUUUGGAAGGGAUUACUCGCUGGUGGGCAAGGUUGAAACAAGGAUGUUUUGACUAUUGGUUUGUUGUCAUGCCUCGAGUUGGAGGCAUGACAGAUCAGGACGCUUAAUUUAUGUUUUUAAGUCAAGCAAAAUUUGUGAAAUUCAAUUUUUGACAUAAAAUAGAUGUAUUGUU